GAUGCUGCGGCUGAAGGAGGUGGUGGACAAGCAGCGGGACGAGAUUCGGGCGCAAACGCAGGAGAUCCUCUGCAAGACCCGAGACACGGAGGCGCUGCAGGAGCAGCUGAACCGCUUCAUGGCGAUGAACGAGGAGCUCCGGCGCAAGCUGGCCGUCGUCCAGGCCCAGCUCAAGAGCGCCCUGCAGAAGAAGGACGAGGCCGAGAGGGCCCUGCUGGAGGCUCGCCAGGAAGCCCGGCGGUCAGCGGCCCCUCGGGGUCCCGUGGAGCCCUCGGAGGCCGGCCCCUGGGUGGAAGGGGCCUCGGGAUCUAGCGAGAGCCCCCCCAGCCGGGCCCACGAAGGGAGCCCCUUCCCCCAGGAAGAGCUGCGGCAGAUUCUCACGGAGCGCAAUGAGCUGAAGACCAGCCUCUUCCUGGUCCAGGAGGAGCUGGCCUACUACCAGCGGGAACUGCUGAACGACGAACGGAUCCCUGGGAUCCUGCUGGACGCCGUGAGGUCCACCAUCAAGAAGCAGCGGAAGAAGAUCCGGGCCAAGAUGCUGGGGACCGCCGAGGAGCCGGUGAGCAGCGAGGAAGAGGAGGAGGAAGGCGCGUGGCUGGCAGCCCCCCUCGGGGCCACCGUCUGCCCAGACAGCCGCUUGCCGGAGUCCAGGAUCAAGAGCUUCUUCAGCCAGUGGUACCGCAGAAGCAGUAAGAGCAGCCCCACGGACAGUGGCUCUGCUGGGGCGUGGGAGAUUGUGGACCCCGAAGACGUGGGUCUCGAAGAGGAAGAGGGGAGACCCUCCUGCAGCUCCAGCCCCCCAAGGGGGACCCUGCCCUCCCCCUGAGCUGGCUGGGCCUGGGACCUCUCUGGUGACGGGGGGGGCAGGGGGGGCUCCCGGAGGCGACCGCCUGACCUAUGGCUGCUUCUGGCAGGCUGAGGAACAGAGGGAGGAGGGUUGUGGGGGGACAGGAGAGCCGACGGCGUGCGUCACCCUCGCACGCUCCCAAGUCCCAAGGAAGGAAGGAGAGGCAGGGAGGGAGGGAGAGGCCCCUCCCUCGGGGCUCCCUGCCUUAAUGCUUGCUGAGGGGGCUCUCCUGGAUCGGCAGACACCCCCACACACACUUUCUGCCACGUCGGAAAAGAAGCCUUUCUCCUUGAGGAGCAAACAGAGCGGGGAGCCGCCCUGCUUCCCCCCCCCCGUUUUCCCUUGGAAGCUCUCUUUCCAGAGUCUUUCCUGCUCUUGACGUACCAAAGACAGAAACCUGGUUUCAAAGGCUCUCCGUUCAGGUAACGGAGUGGACGGGCGAAGAGCCGUGAAAAUAAGGUGGACUUGGAGGGGCUUCUCUGCCUGCGGUUGGCCUCACCCGCAACAAAAGAGUGCCCUCUGAAGCACAUUUUUUAAAUGUCAGAUUUGGGGAAUUUUAUGAUAAAAAUAUAUUUUUCUACGGCCCACACCCAUUGAGACUGCCAGCACCUAUUCAGGCAAAAAAACAUCUAACUUUUUGCAUCAAAGCAGUCGGUCUCUUUUAAAAAGAGGUGUCAAAAAGGACAGGAGAUGCAGUGAAACCUUUGUUUCACCAGAAACCUGGCAGGGGAAGGACUUGAGGGUUGGGGUACGGCCACAUUUAGGAGUGUGGAAAGCGGUUUUAUUCAGAGUCAGACCCUCCCGGCUGCCCUGGUCGCCUAGCGUUGCUGACCUGGACGGGCGGCUCCCUCCCUCUGAGGUCUUCGGACCCACCUGGAGAUCUGCGCUCUUCCCCCCCACACACACACACACACCCCGACCGGUGGCCUGAACAGACCUUGCCCUGCUUAGGUACGGAAAUCGGGCCAGAUCCGAUGCCUUCAGGGGGGUGGGGGGAGGAUCGUGGGGGAAAGUGUGCGUUCGCUCAGUCGCCUCUGCAUGGACUUCUCUUUCUCCUCUCCUGGUUGGGCCAAAAGGCCCUCCUGUCUGGGACAAAAAGAUGAUGAUGUAUGAAGUGUAGUAAAGCUCAUGCAAUAAAAGCGGGGUCAGCGCCCCUGGUGAUGAUGGAA